AUGAAGAAUACCAAGCCGGAAAAGAGAAGGAAGGACAAGUCUGACAGAGCGACUGUGGACAAGGUACUUGAUAAAAGAACGAUGGGUAUUCUUGAGAAGCUGCAGGACAGAAGAAAGCUUGUGGAUCUAAGAGGAAGCUUGUGCACGGGAAAGGAAGCCAAUGUGUACUUGGCAAUGGCGAGCACGGAGCUUCAAAGUAAGUUUAUAAACAGCAGGUUUGCAGAAAGCAAAUGCCUGGAUGAAGAAGAGAGUGAUGAAAUGGUUGCGGUUGCAGUGAAAGUUUUCAAAACAUCGAUUAUGCCGUUCAAGGACAGAGAGAGGUACAUACGAAGUGAGAAGCGAUUCCAAAGGUUUUGCACAUCGAAUCCAAGGAAGCUGGUGAAGGUAUGGGCAGAGAAGGAGGCCAGGAACUUGAAGAGGCUGAAUGCAGCAGGGAUUCCAUCGCCUCGGCCGAUGUAUCUGCGAAGCAAUGUGCUUGUGAUGAGCCUGAUAGGAGAAUAUGAUUGUGUGGCGCCUAGGCUGCGAGAUGCAGAGAUUGGGGAUGCUGAGGAGUGUUACAUGCAGUGCAUAGGAAUGAUAAAGGAGAUGUAUUGUAAGGCAAGGCUUGUGCAUGCAGAUCUGUCGGAGUAUAAUCUUUUGUAUUACAAGGGUAUUGUGAGUGUGAUUGAUGUUGGGCAAAGCGUGGAGAUAGAUCAUGAGAAUGCACAGAGGUUUCUGAUAAUGGACAUAGGCAAUGUGAAUGUGUUUUUUGAGAAGAGGGGAGUGAGAGUGGCAAGUGUGAAUGAGGUGUUUGAGGAUGUGACAGGAAUGAAGAUUCCUGUGUGCAUGGAAGGGAUGCAGAUUGUGUCUGAUGUGUUUAUUCCAUCAAGGGUCUCUGAGGUACGAAACGAUGAGGACUUUGAGAUCUUUGGAAGAGAUAUGAACGGAGAUGCAAUGUCUAUUGAAGAAUCUGAGCAGUCCGAUGGAUAUGGCGGUGAAAUGGAGGAGAACAAGCAGGAAGAAGCAAUGGGCAAUGCUGGGGACGAGAAGAAGAAGAGGAAGUGUGCAGUUAAAGAGUUCAACAGGCUUAGGAGAGCAGCAAGGAUUAGCAACAAGGAGAAGAAGAAGAUAUUCAAGAAGUACAUAGGCAAGAAGCAUAGAAAGAGAUGA